CUCACGGAGUUAGCAUCGUUGAUCGUAUCCGAGUAUAGUUCAAGAUGACUGGUCGCGGUAAGGGAGGAAAGGGACUGGGAAAAGGAGGAGCAAAGCGCCAUAGGAAGGUUUUGCGUGAUAACAUCCAAGGUAUCACCAAGCCAGCCAUUCGUCGAUUGGCUAGACGUGGCGGCGUCAAGCGUAUUUCUGGCUUGAUCUACGAAGAGACCAGAGGUGUCCUAAAAGUCUUUCUGGAAAACGUCAUUCGUGAUGCUGUGACCUAUACCGAACACGCCAAGAGGAAGACUGUAACAGCUAUGGACGUGGUCUACGCUCUGAAACGUCAAGGAAGAACCCUCUAUGGUUUCGGUGGUUAAUUCUAUCACCGCUCUAUCACUUCUCAAAAUCAAGUCGCAACGGCCCUUUUCAGGGCCAACAAUUUGUCAAUACGUCGGAAUUUUCUCUAAAAGCAUAUUUGUGUGCUACAUACAUAACUGAAAUAAUUAAAGGUUACGUAUAUAUACGUGCUCUUCAAAUUUUAGUGAAUGUUUA